UCUGGUGACGUAAAAAGGAAGCGACCGAAAACGAACACCGUUGGAGCGAAGUACAUACGUCGUUGGUACAUUUCAAUCUAAUCACUGAAUAGUUCAAUUAAAACAAAAUGAGCGUGUCGAUGCCCCAGAAGCGAUAUUACAGGCAGCGAGCCCACUCGAAUCCAAUGGCAGACCACACGUUUGAAUACCCUGUCUGUCCAGAGGACAUGGACUGGUCCCAGCUGUACCCGGAGUUCUUCAGCGAUCACCAGUCGACCCAAAAGGCUGCACAAGUGGAGUUUGCAGACAUCGGCUGUGGAUAUGGGGGACUUCUAGUGGAGUUAUCCCCGCUCUUUCCAAAGCAACUGAUUCUGGGCCUGGAGAUCCGUGUCAAAGUGUCUGAUUAUGUCCAGGACCGUAUCCGCUCCCUGCGUGCAGCAGAGACGGGCAGCUACCAGAACAUCGCCUGCUUACGGAGCAACGCCAUGAAGUACCUGCCCAACUUCUUCUCCAAGGGACAGCUCAGUAAGAUGUUCUUCCUGUUUCCUGACCCGCACUUCAAGAAGACCAAGCACAAGUGGAGGAUCAUCAGUCCCACUCUGUUGGCCGAGUACGCCUACACACUGAGAGUAGGGGGUUUGGUGUACACCAACACAGAUGUGGAGGAGGUGCAUCUCUGGAUGGUAAAACACUUCAGUGAGCAUCUGCUGUUCACACGGGUCCCCGAUGCAGAACUGGUUGAUGAUGUCAUCAUCAGUCGCUUGGGAACAUGCACAGAGGAGGGGAAGAAGGUGCAGAGGAAUGGAGGGAAGAACUACCUGGCAGUUUUCCGGAGGGUAGAAGACCAAAACUGAAACCCCGGUAUUACAGACAUAUCUGUUGGAUGAACUGAACUUUUUGCCUUGCUGAUAGGAGUACCAGCUCUUCCCAUGCAAGGACAGAAAAAUGGAUGACCAAAAUGACUGCUAGCAAAGAUUGUCUUAUAUUGGCAAGAUAGUCAAGUGACCCCUCCUACAAUGGAAAUACAUGUCCUCAAAUACAUGUCCUCAAGCCAAUGAGAGGGCAGUGUGUGAACAACAUGCCAUAGAGAUAGAAGACUCGUCUUUGUAUCUAUGCCAUAAUAGUGUCUGUGACAGCAUGGGCAUCUUCAUUUUUAAAGUAGUCCAUUUUUAUCUUCUUCAUUGGCUGAUUGCUCCCAACUAAUAGGAAUCCCCACCCAGUUGACUACUUUAAAAUGGUGUAAGCCCUCAAUUGCAAUUUCCAUGCUAAAAAUGGUUAUAUCCACGAUGAGUCCUCUAUCACUGACAACAGGCUGAAAUGUUGUUAAAAGUUACCGAAAUGUCAAAUGCCAUGUCCACUUGUAUUCGUUUAUUCGUAACAACCAAAACAAUUCCGAAACUUCUAUUAGAUAAAAUAAGCCAUACGUAGCAAAUAAUCAAUAAAAAAAGUGUUGACCAAAUUCGACACUCAUUGACUUUCAUACAAAGAUUCCUAACUUGGUGGGCUUAUUUUGGGUUGAAUAAAACCUCUCACUUGGCCUAGCUGUAGAGAGGAAAAGGCAAUCUCCAGGGGUAACUGGGCUUGUUCAGCUUAAACUUUGGUUCAUCCCGAUUGGUGGACAGUAAUAUGAAUGUGUGGUCAUUGGUCAAGGGUUUAAAUGGCCAAACUGAAGCAUCCACCAUGACCUUUUGUGCCUGAGUUGAGAUUAUUGUGAUUCUCUGUUUUAUGUAUUGUUUUUUAAAAACUCAUGCAAGAAGAUCAACACUUUAGCCAUUAUUUACACUCAAAACCUGUUGCUAAUUAGACUGCUCACAAAGGCGUGCUAAGUUGGAGAUUAAUCUGCAAUGAAGCUUUGUAUUGAUUCAUUAUACUUUCAUGACAGCAUGAAUAAAUAUUUCUUUUUCUCAUGCCA